UGAAAAAUAUUAAAAACGCGUGAAAAAUUAUUUUUAUUUCUUUACUUUUCAUUUGACAAAACGAAUAAAAAUUAAUUUAAUUAAAAAAUUUAAAUAAAUAAAUAAUUAAAAAAAAAAUUAAAUUCAAAAAAUUCGGUAAUUCAAGUGAACAAAAAAAAAAUAUAAAUGCCAAAUCAUCAUAAUAAAAAGAAACAUAAGUCGAAGAGGAAGCCUCACAACGAUUCAAACAACAACCGGCAGUCAGUUGAUACAGUCAAUAUGGAUGGUCUUGCAAUUGCUGACGAAGUGAACGAAAAUCCAAAUCCCGAGCCCAGAAGUCACAAGCCAUACAGAAUUGCCAAAUCCGAUGUUAUGGGUCGAUAUCUCGUGGCAAAUCGCGAUCUUCGUGCCGGAGAGUUGAUCAUCAAAGUAGAUCCCGUUGCCGUUGGUCCUUGUGCCGAAUCGAAUCCCGUGUGUCUUGGAUGUAGCACAGAUUUGCCGCGAUGCCAGAAGAAAGUUCACAAAUGCAAAAAUUGCGGAUGGCCUCUUUGCGGCGCCAAAUGUCGCGGUAUUAAGAAAGAUUUGGGACACAGCACGUACGAAUGUGAUGAAUUGCGAAAACAUCGUGUCUCGGAUUUCCUUCAAGAUUGCAGCGAACAAGAUGCGAGUCACAUGUACGAAGCGAUUUUGGCGCUACGUUGCCUUUUGCUGAAAAAUUACAAACCCGAGUUGUGGGAAAAGUUGAACGAAAUGGAGUCACACAACGAAUUGCGACGCGGAAUUCCCGCCCUAUGGAGUCGAAAUCAAAAAAUAAUUGUCGAUCGGAUACGAAAAGAUUGGAAAUUCGAGGAAUUUACGGAAGAGGAAGUUCACACAGUCUGCGGGAUAUUAGAAGUGAACUCGUUUGAAGUUGGAACAGUUGGAUGUCGUGCAAGAGCUCUUUUCCCCGAGGCGUUUUACAUUUCGCACGAAUGUUCGCCGAAUACGACACACACAGAUCAUCCGCGAAAUCACGCGAUUUCACUGCGAAUGACGAAAGACAUCAGAGAAGGCGAAAUGAUCUCACUCAGUUACUCGUAUACGUUGCAAGGAACUCUCAAGCGGCGACAACAUUUGAAAGAUUCAAAGUUCUUUUGGUGCGAAUGUCGGAGAUGUAAGGAUCCAACGGAAUUGGGGACUUUUACGAGUGCCUUGCAAUGCCCCAAUUGCAAUGGCGGAUAUAUUUUGACGACAAAUCCGCUCGAUCAAGAUGCUCCGUGGAAGUGUCAAAAGUGUGAAAGGACCUUGACGGGGAAAGAUGUCCUCUCGUUAGUUGAUAAUUUGUUUGAGGAGAUGGAAACUGUCGAUCCGAAUGCUACAGAAGGCUAUGAAGCGUUUUUAUCGAAAUAUCGCAACGUUCUCCACAAAAAUCACUACUUAAAUCUCUCAGCCAAACACAAUCUCUGUCAAUUGUAUGGCCGAACAGCAAGUCACAUGUUGCAGGAUAUGUCGCCGGAAGAGUUGAGUCGCAAAGAAACCAUUUGUCGCGACUUGUUGGAAGUAAUUGACAUUCUCGAGCCGGGUCUAUCGCGUUUGCGUGGCGUUGUAAUGUACGAAUUGCAUGCUCCGCUGAUGAUGCAAGCACGAAAACUCUUUGAAUCCCGAAAAAUAAGUACAAAUGACCUGAAAAAUCGCUUGAAGGAAGUCGUAAAUUUAUUGCGCGAAUCAGAGAAGAUUUUGAGUUUUGAGCCGGAAGGCACGCAGGAAGCUGAUAUGGCGAUGGGAGCGAAAGAUGCCCUCAUGCGUCUCGGAAAUAGUGUAAAUUUUUGA